UAAAGUAGCUGUUUCGGUUUGUUCUGCAGGUGUGUUUGGGGAAAUGGAAAAAGUGUCAGUGAAGGAGGGAGAUUCUCUCACUUUACACACUGAUAUCACUGAAAUACAGAGGAUAUUUUUCUUGAUGUGGAUGUUCGGAUCUCAAAACACUAUCAUUGCUAAAAUCGAUGGUAAAACUCAGGCAGUCUCAUUAUACGAUGUUGAUGAUGGGAGGUUUGAAGACAGACUGCAGCUGGACAAUAAGACUGGAUCUCUGGUCAUCAGUGACAUCAGAACCAAACACUCUGGAGAUUAUCAUCUAAAGAUCAUCAGCAACGAGACUUUCCUCAAGACUUUCAGUGUUACUGUCCAUGAUGUGAUUUUUGCCGGGUUAGAAAACAAGAAAGAAGGAGAUUCUGUUACUCUACACGCUGGUGUUACUGAUUCACAGAAACACGAUCUAAUACAAUGGACAUUUGGACCUACAAAUCCAGACAGUCUUAUAGCUGAAAUGAACAUUAAGAUUCAUGAGAUCACACUGAAUUCGGAUGAUAUAUUCAGAGGGAGACUACAUCUGGAAAACCAGACGGGAUCUCUCACCAUCAGAGACAUCAGAACCUCAGACGCUGGAGUUUAUCAACUACAGAUCUCCAACAGUAAAGAAACACUCUACAAGAGAUUCAAUGUUUUUGUUGCCGUUCCAGAACCGGGUCUGUCCAUUGGUUAUAUCUGGCCCAUUUGUGUCCCGCUGUUUGUGGUUGCACCUCUGUGUGUGAUUUGUCUGCUCAGAUACUGUAAACAUAAAGAAAAGAAAACGAUGUCAGUGACGGAGGGAAAUCCCGUCUCGCUGAAAACAGGUGCAACUAAAAUUCAGACAGACGAUGAAGUGCUCUGGAUGUUUGGACCUCAAGAAAUAGUCAUCGCUCAAAUCAACAAAAAUGGCAGUAACAUCUCAUACCCCGAUGAUGAUGAGCGAUUCAGAGACAAGCUACAGCUGGACCAUCAGACUGGAGAUCUGACCAUCAGCGACAUCAGGAUCCCAAUCUCUGGAGAUUAUCAGAUGAAGAUCACCGGCAGCAGACUGACUAAAAUUAAGAGACUGACUAAAUUGAAGAGAUUGGCUAAAAUUGAAAGAUUCAAAGUUAUUGUACGAGAGGACACACAAAAAAUCACGGAGGGAGAACCUGUCCAUCUGCAGACCGGUGUCACUGAACUUCAGGAAGAUGAAGAGAUACAGUGGACGUUUGAAGAUGCCAUCAUAGCCACAGUUAAUAGAAAGAGCAGUGACAACAGUGUCUACAAUGUUAACGAUGAGAAAUUCAAAGGCAGACUGGGGCUGGAUGAACAAACUGGAGAUCUCACAAUCUUGAACACUAAAAGCACUGACUCUGGAGUUUAUGAACUGCAGAUCAAGAGCAGAAAUAAAGUCUCCUACAAGAAAUUCAACGUUCUGGUUUGCUUGAAUAUGCUGAAACAUACAGUGGGAGAUUCUGUCACUCUACAAACUGAUGUUCCUGAGCUGAGGAAUGAUGACACGAUACUCUGGAAGUUUAGUGAUGAAGACAUUUUAAUCGCCAAACUCAACCGAGCCACCAAUCAGACCUUAUUUAAUGAAGGUCCUGAUGGUCGAUUCAGAGACCGACUGGAGUUAAACCAGAGAACUGGAGAUCUGACCAUCAGGAACAUCAGCAGAGCUCAUUCAGACGUUUAUACACUUCAAAUCACCAGCGGCAAAAAGAGCACAUGCAAGAGAUUCAUGGUUAUUGCUCAUGAGAAGACUGUGUCUGGGUUGGAGGGAGAUUCUGUCACGCUGAACGCUGAUAUUGAAAUACAAGAAGACGACCUUGUGCUGUGGAUGUUUGGACCUGCAGACUGCCCACUUGCUAAAGGGGAAACAAAGGAAAAGAUCUCCACUUAUGAUGAUGCUGACAGGAGAUUCAGAGGCAAACUGAGUCUGAAUUAUGAGUCUGGAUCUCUGACCAUUACAAACACCAGAACUGAACACACUGGAGCUUAUAAACUACAGGUCAUCUGCCGCCAAGAAACCAAAUACAAGAUAUUCAGACUUACCAUCCGUGAGAGUGAAAGAAACACACACUUUGGGCCUGAGCAGGAAGGGAUCCCCCUGGUACAGAAAUGAAACUCGCGAAAGAAAUAGUAGCUGAGAAUAACUGUGAACGGUUUUAUAGAGUAUUGCACAUUUUGUAAGAUGGUACAUACACAUAAGUGUUAUAUACAAGUAUAUCACACAAAUAUACUACAUAUGUGCAGUGUUGGGGGUAACGAGUUACAAAGUAAUUGAUUACAGUAUCGAUAUUACUUUUUUGGGUAACGAAAUAAAGUAACGCAUUACACUAAUA